CGUUACAAGGAAUGAAUCUUUCGGAAGGUGAUUCUCGUGCACUUAACACGUGGCAGAAAUUGUGUUUUAACGCCGAGUCGUCAAAUACAAGUCCUUCGUCAAGAGCGGACGCCUGGCGAAGAUUGCUUAUUCAAAUUCACACUUUGAAAAGAAGGUUGGUGGAUGUAUAAUAAGACAAGCUUAAGCUUUUUGGCCCAUAAAAUGUACUGCAUUGUAUUUAAUUGUUAUUGUAUCGUGGGCAAUUUUUAUCUAUUUAUGUCGUGAUGUUAUAGUUGAGCGGUACUGUACUUUCUAUCUAGUCCCAGUUGUUCAAACGCUGGAUAAUUAUAACGCUAUCCACUGGAUAAAUAUAUCUAUCCAGUGGAUGAUGGCGCAGUUUGUUUCCCUAAUAAUCCUACUUAUCCGGCCCCAGUUUUUCAAAAACUGGAUAUCGCAAUCCACUGGAUAAAUCACUAUCCACCGGAUAGCGGCGCAAUUAGUUUCCCUAACACCUAUGCAUCACUUAUCCCCUGGAUAGUGCAUGAUUUAUCCGGUGGAUAGUGCUAUCCAACGUUUGAACAACUGGAGCCUGAUGUUUAGUGAUUUAUGUGGUGGAUAGCACCAUCCAUCUUUUGAAACAAUACUAUUCGAUAACCUACUCUUCUCCAGACGUGCCCUAUACUGAGACAAUUAUGUACCAGUCAAUUCCAAAACCACUCAUGCCCCUGGGUAAACCCCUGAGCAUUCGACUUUUUUGAAAAAUUUUGGUCAAAAUCCCUGGUAUGUUGGCAGUUAAGAUGGUCAAAUGCCCCAAUGGCUAGUGCUACAAUAAGCAUCAAAUCCCCCACCUACCAGUGACAUUUCCAAAAUAAAUAUGUCAUUAAACACAACUGAAAUUCUACAUCUGAAGUCUCAGAAAGCUGUCUUACAGAGGCUUGUUCAUUUCAAUAAAAUUGUUGUAUUUCCAGAAAGCCUGCAUUUAUUGCGCUUUUUCAAAGGCUCUCAAAUGCUCCAACAAAACAGUGAAUAUAGGGGCAAUGACCUGUGAGUGCAGUGCACAUGCUGAAUACGGAAAGAAUUAUGAAGUCCUUUUGCUUGCUUUUGGUCCACUGCCCAACUGGGUGGUCCUCAUUUUGGGUUAAAUUCCCCACUUUACAGAGCAAAACUCCGGUCAAAUCCCUACGGUAUGACCAGGGGGGAUGGGUGGUUUUGGAAUUGACUGGUACAUUGUAGCGCCAGUUUAACUAGUGUGACUAUAUAGUUGCUGCUAGUCAUAACAUUCCCAUCUUCCUCUGAUCCCUUACAAGCUGUUCCUCCAAGUUUUGAGCAUGGUCUUGUACUACUACAUGCAGCUAUUUUGACCUGAGGGAAAGGGAUCACAAUCAAAAUGUGGGUGAUUGUGUAGGCAAAAGAAAGGAAAUCAGGUAGUAAAGUAAAAGUCACAAAACCAGACAGCACUAUGUUGCAGAGCCUUUGAUGUAUUUUACCUUUUGCAUAAAAAAUAGCCUAAGAAAACAGCUGACAUUUGGCGAUGCCGCCACUGGUUUCCCGGCCAAAUGACGUCUGAGAAACAUGUGCAGAAAUUCCAUACUGAUGACACGUUGUUACCCAGAUGUGGGUAGUGCUUCUGAUUAGUUGAAUCAAAUUUCCCACGCAGCACGACCAAUCAGAAGCACUAACCAGAUCUGGGUAGUUAAUCAUCAUCAGUAUGGAAUUUCUGUGAUUGUUUCUCAGAUGUCAUUUGGCAGGGAAACCAGUGGCAGUGUUGCCAAAUGUUGGCUGUUUUCUCAGAUUAGAUAAAAACUCCUGUGUCGGAGGUUGAUUUUUAAUAGUUCAAUUUGUUUGAAACCCAAGUGGCAAAACUAUGGCCUCCGAGGCAGAAUGUGUCAAAGUUACUGUACAGUAGUGCUUAUUGUGAAGCCUCCCCAUGGAUGUGUCGGUUUGUUUUUCAUUAACUGUACAGUAUAUUCUGACAUUGAACUUGCUGAAGCCAUGGGUAAAGAGAUUUGAUGCAAAUGAGCAAUGUCAGUCUUGUAAACUGUAAACCUGUAAACCUGUAAAAAAACUGUAAACAUAAAAUAAUUAAUUUGAUAUGAACCAAUAUUAAAAGAGUAUGUGUAAGAGUUGAAGACAUAUUUCAAGCUAUUUUAGAUGACCUAAAUGUCAAAAUUAUCUUCCCAAGGGAGCAUGUCUACAGCUUCCCUUGUAUGCUCAUUCCACAGUGUUCAGGGCCAGAUUCCAGCUGAUAGUCUGAUUACCGCUUAACUCCAGGAGUUAAUUUUAAUCCUUGAGGUUGCACUUUGUGUUGUCAUAACUGGAUCUAGGAGUUUUGCAUUAACAUUGUAGACAGAAAAAUUUCCUUAAAAUUUGUCUUAACCCUGGGUUUUAAUUUACUAUACUUUGAGAAACUGGGCUUGGUUCAAUAGGAAGAAAGACUAUAGAAAAAAUUACAACCCAAUUGCAGCUAGUCCACCCUUUUGUAUAUAAACCUUACCACAGAAAUGACAAAGUAAAAUUUGCAAGUUUGCCAUUUUUUCUCUGGGUCAGUUGUAUCAGAAAAUUAAACACUCUAAUACAAAUAAAGCAUUCUUGUUUCUCUUUAGCAACAAAGUGUCUUGCCAGCUUUACACAAGGUUGUUACAGACAUUUGAGGCUCACUACUGUCAAGCUGUUGAUAAUCAGGAACCUGGUCAAGGUACUACUUUAAAAUAAAUGUUGUGUUAUAUGAUCGGCUGAUUUGCAGCAAUUUUAUUGAUACAGUGCAGCCCAGUCAAGCAAUCCAAGAAAAACAACAUUUUAAACUUGAUUAUUUCUACAUAUGAGGAAUUAAAAAUUCAUUAAUGAUUCUGACCAGAGUUGAAUUCUGAAUUGAGUUUGACUUGCCUUGUAUUUUUUGUUCUGUUUGUAAUUUGUUGUUUUCCUUCAUCCAGUGGCCAAAAUAUUGCUAAAUAUGCUUUUAGAAUAGGGUAAUGAAGUUUUGAAUGUAUGAAAAUUAUGUAUGUGAACUGUGGAGAGAAGAAUUAAAUGAAGGAUGAUCAUCGCAGUUAUAUAUGCAACUUUUGCAGUUGCAAAAGAAAGCCUGCAAACAAUUGAGGCUUGUGCGGGAUUUGAACCCUUGACCUCUACAAUACCAGUGCAGCGCUCUACCAAAAAAAAGCCAACUAUGAGCAGGUUGUUGAAUUUGUUCGUUAUAAACCUGUGAAAGGAUGACGAUGAAGUUUUGAAUAUGUGAAAAUCAUAUAUGUGUCAAAGGAUGAUCAUCGCAGUUAUAUACGCAACUUUUGCAGUUGCAGGCUUGUACAAGAUUCAAACCCUUGACCUCUGCAAUACAAACAAACUUGUUAGCUUAAUUGGUAGAGCACUGCACCGGUAUGCAGAGGUCAAGGGUUUGAAUCCCGUACAAGCCUGAAUUUUUUUCAGGCUUUCUUUUUGCAACUGCAAAAGUUGCAUAUAUAACUGUGAUGAUCAUCCUUCAUUUAAGAAUAGGAUAAUGAGGCAAUAAAAAAAGAAGACAAGAGAAAAAGAAAAGUGAAUCACCACUGGUCACCCAACCAGUUCCCACUCACUUGAAUCGCAUUACUUGAGUUGAGCUAUUCACAAGGAGUUUUGCAAGGAUUUGCAAGACAAGUAUUGCUAGUUAUUAAGUUAAUUUAUUCAGACCUUUUUAGGUUAGUUAAAGAAAAGCAAUGUUAGUAAACCAAUUUUAUAGUUUCUUCUUUUGUAGAUAGUUUAUGCAACUUAGCUACUGACAUUUAGGGUAUAGUCCUUAAUGUUGAAAUAAAUUAAUUCACACGUACAUGUACCAUUACCUCAUAAUGAGUCUAAAAUUCAUUUCCCUAGGCUUAAAUAAUUUUGCUGAAACAGUGUUAGCUCUUGUCUCUGGUUGCCGAAAUGGUAAGUUGUUGGUGUAUUUAAGUAUUGGGCAGCUUCCUUCAGAGAAUGCAUGAUAUGAUAUGCUUUGCGAACAGAAGAGAAAGCAAACUAAACUGUUGUUGUGGCUAGUGCUAGUCUGCUACACAGCCGUUUUUAGUGUCGUCACGCAAUGCUCCUCCCCACAAACGGCUGCUGAAAACCGAACUACAUUCCUUUCCCUUUGUGUUUGUGGUCUAACGAACAAGCCAAUCAUGCACAAGAAGUUUGACAAUACGUGAGCCGCGGGGCGCUAGGAAGCGAGCACGCUUCUCAGUUUUCCACAAAUCAAUCAAUCGUCGCUGAAUUUAGACGGGCUCUGUGUUUUCAAGCAACGAAAAGGUUAAUUUGCAAAAAAGUUUGUUUUAAGCGGUCAAGUGAAAGAAAGGUUUGAUAGGCCUAGCAGACUUUUACCAGGAUCGGUUGGUUCUUCAUUUAAUGUGCAUAUGUACUGAUAUGUGAUGAAGAAUUUAAAUGUGCCGGAUGUGCUCAUUGUGUUCCUGUGAAUACUAAACUCUCAAGGGUACUGAUUCAAAAAACAAUCUUUUAAAUUAUCGAUGAGCGAUUUCCCGAACUAUACCUGGCAACUUUAUGAGCACAUCCAUGUUGUGCAUCGCAAUUUGCUCGACUUGCUUGCUGCUGGUGCUUAUCUCCUAAAUUUUAAAUAGGACUCGACUACGACAACACUAUUCUAGUUAAUUGCUUGUUUUCACGCGACGUUUUGAUUAUUCUGUCAUUCACACAUGGGGCACUGAUAAAAGCAAAACUGUUAUUGGAGGAGUCACAGUACCGCAAACGUGGCGCGAACACUUUCCAGGAAAUGGGAGCUGAAUUAUAAUUGUCUAAUCACGGGAAAGGAAUGUAGUUCGGUUUUCAGCAGCCGUUAGUGGGGAGGAGCGUUGCGUGAUGACACUAAAAACGGCUGUGUAGCAGACUAUGGCUAGUGCAUGCUAUCAUUAAUUUUUUGUCUGCUUCCUAACAAGUUAUCUGACAUCAGAUAAUUACCAGGUAUUUGGUUAAUUUUUCAUUAUCUACAUGUAGUUAGGUUUUCUAACAAAUCAAAGAACAUCAUUUGUUGUCCAAGAAAUUUCCAAAAUGAAUGACAACACCUAUGACCAAAAUCUGUCAGUGGGCUUUACUAAGACAGCUGGAGUCUGGCAGUUUCACUUUGUCUGCUGCAACUCUCAAUCUAGCUCAUCUCAGUGCUUCAAUUUAUGAGAUUCCUGGAAUUUGUCCCACCCACUGUGACCUGUGUGAUUUUACCUAUUGUACCUUGCAAUUGAAUUAUUUUAAUAUGGCAUGAUGGAAUCCCAAUUACUGUGAACAAGAUAACAUUUUUUGGAAAUUAUGGUAAGGAUGAAAGAAAUAUUGAGAAAAAACAGAAGACAUAAUAGCAACUUUUUGUCUUCAUAAUUUUAUUUUCACAGAGAGUCAGAAUUGGAGCUCAGGAUUGUCUUUGGAAUGUUUACAAACCCUUCCC